AUGAAUGAGCUGAAAGUGAAAUUGUUGUGUGUGAAAGAGAAAAAUUACACGGAAACACUGAAAGAGGUGCAUAAAUUGACGGAUAAUGCGUGUGAAGUGGUCAUCGAUGCGGCCUAUUUGAGAAACGAUCGAGAUUUCGAGGACUCUCUAAAUGAUCAAUUGAUUAAAUCGUGCAGAAGACUGACCCGUGUUGAAGCGAAUGUUUCUGUUCCAGUUAAUGUGUCGAGUAAUCAACAGGAAUUUGGCGCAAGAACAUUGCGUCCAAAAGUAUGGCAGUAUGUGAAGGCAAUGAUGAAGGAGAAAUGGGAAGACGUACCAACAGAGCCAUGCAAAGACUGGAAGAAACUCGUAAAAGCUGACGAUUUGAAAGAAAUGGAUUUGGAAGCUGAACUAAAGAAAGCCGAAAGCGAGUGUAAAUCGGAUAGCGGUCUAACGGGUGGUGAGAAGGCAGCAAAGAAAAUGCUGGACUUCUUCAUUACAAAUCGACUGGUCAAUUAUCAUCCUGGAAGGAAUGUUCCCGGUAGCAAAUAUCAGAGUGUAUUGUCGCCAUAUCUGCAUUUUGGGAUGCUCAGCACAAUAGAAACUAUUAAACGUGCUAAAGAAGGCAAAGCAGCAAAACACCCGAUAGAUUCCUUCAUUGAGGAAUUACUGGUGAGACGUGAUCUGGCGCAUAAUUUCGUGUAUUACGCUCGUAAGAACUAUGAUUCGUUGGAUAGCUUGCCGGAUUGGGCGAAGAAAACGUUGAAAGAGCAUAAGAAUGAUAAACGUGAAUAUGUGUACAGUUAUGAGGAACUGGAGAAUGCGAAAACUCACGAUGUCUAUUGGAAUGCAGCACAAUUGGAAAUGAUUCAUACCAAUAAGAUGCAUGGUUAUAUGCGGAUGUAUUGGGGUAAAAAAGUUAUCGAAUGGACACCAGACUAUGAGACAGCGUAUAAAUUCUUGAUCGAACAAAACGAUAAAUAUGAAUUGGAUGGACGUGAUCCGAAUGGUUACACGGGUGUGAUGUGGAAUUUUGGAUUGCAUGAUCGAGCGCAUGCGGUAAUUCAUGUUUUCCUUGCUUUGAUUUGCACAUUUUGA